AUGGUAUAUGAAACAUCAUAUGAAACAUCGUAUGAUAUUGGGCUGAAGCCCUUUUCCCCUGAUCCGAAUCGUGGCAAGUGGGAUAAGCCCACAGACUAUAUAUUCGCCUGUUUUGGAUUAGCCUUGAAGUUGGAUGUCUUCCUGGCAUCGUAUUGGAUGUUUUACGGCAUGGGCAUUUUAGGAAUACUGACGUACUUUCUCUAUAUGGCCAUUUUCCUGGUUCCCAUCAUAGUCAUUCACUCCUUCAUGGGUCAGUUCUCCAGCAGCGGGUUCAUCUCCGCCUUUCGCCUGUCGCCUUUCUUUAAAGGCAUGGGAUAUGUGAGUGCAUUUUCAUCUAUCUUCAUGCUCAUUUACUAUAGCAUUUACGCUGCGGUUCCUCUGCUCUUCAUAAUAAACUCGUUUCGACCCACUUUACCAUGGAGCUGUGAGGGGCUGAAAUCUUGGCACAAUGGAAAUGCUGUAUGAAAAUUGACUUGUAAGAACGAACUAGUCUUGGAAGACUAUUAUGAGACGCCAUAUUACAGAUUUAAAGUCCUUCAUGUACCUUCCGUGCGCUACUUUCAAAAUCACUUCGAGAAUAUACAAGAGAAUGCCCUUUCGUAUCAGGAUUUCGUGUUGUCUUGGCAUUUUGUGGGCCUCUUCGCAAUCAUUUGGGCUGUGAUUGCAUUCAUUUUUUAUAAAUUCUCGGGGACGGCCAAGUUUGGAAAACUUAUACGCUACAUGGUAAUUGUCGCCCUGGUUCUUCUUUUAGUGUGCUUUGUGCGAUACCUGUUUCUUCCUGGAGCUAUUAACGGACUCAACACAUUUCUGUCUCCAAAGUUAAUUAAUUUGACCAUGGGAUUAUCCUCCACAUUUAUCAUGGUUAUUCAUGCAUUCGGAGCAGGAUGGGGCAGUGUAAUUGCCCUGUCCAGCUUCAAUGGGUUUAAGACCAACAUAAUGUCGUAUAGUUGGAUUAUUUCCUUCGGACAGAUCUUCAUUUACAUCAUGUUUGGCUUGGUUUCCUGUAUGUUGGAAUGGCCCUUUAUUGAACUCUCUGAAAGUUAUGAUUACCCAAAUGCAGACAGCCGUUGGCUGAUAUAUUUGUCAAGUGCUUCUGUCUUGACCACAAUGGCUUGGCCAAACCUAUGGAUUUUUAUUUACUAUUCUAUGCUCUUAUUAGCAGCUCUAAUUGUGAUGACAACGCAGAUUUUCACUGUCUUGCAAAGUUUGUUUGAUGAGUUUGAAAUACUUAGAGUAAGAAAACAGCAGGUAACCUUUGGCUUAAUUGGAGGCAUUGCAGUAUGCUCCCUUUACUUUUGCACAAAUCGUGGCAAAAUUCUCGUCUUGGUUUUGGGUCUUGAUGCCUCCUUCUCAAGUAGUCUGCUUCAUUUGCUGCUCAUCUUCGUGGUUUUGUGGAUCUAUGGUCGAGAACGUUUCCAGCGGGAUAUGGAGUUCAUGUUGGGCCAGCCCUUUGCCUCCUGGAAGGUCUUUACACUCCGCUUCAUAGCUCCAAUCUUUUUAGUCAUAUGUCUGGUUUGUUAUGAAACUGUAUUUACUUUGAAGUAUACUUAUUCCACAGUAGUGGUCGUCGUGAUGUCCAUUAUCCUCAUGGAUUUGCCCAUUCUGGCAAUUCCUGGGUACGGAUUGUACCAUCUUUACCAGUGCACUGGCACCAUUAGGGAACGCUUCAAACGCACCUGCCGACCCACCGAUUGGUAUCCGGUUGAGAUGGAGCACCGCCAGCAGUACGAGGAAGCCUUAGACAAUUCGGAUAUGACCCAACAGCUGUGCGAGGUUACUGAGGAGGUCAACUAGUCAAAACUUGUUGCGCUAUGCUCACAGCAAUGUGUUUUACUGAGGCUAAAUAAAAUAUGGACGGAAAAUUGAAAAACAUAUAGUUGUAAUAAAUAUGUUUGAGAUCUACCUGGACAAGUCUAGAACGAAUCUUCUAUCGCCUCGUGUGCAAGUUCACUCAUCUGACUGUAGAUAUCUCGGAAACUUUAAUAAAGUAUCGCUUAAAAAAUCAGUAACGCCCACA